AUGGCUUUCGUAUCGUCAACAGGACUGAUUCUUCUGUUGGGUGUCCUUGCUGCAUACUUGAUUAAUAAGUUUGUUACAUCAAAAUCCCACGAGCACCCCUUACCACCAGGCCCGAAGGGCCUUCCUUUGCUUGGAAAUGUCAACGACCUACCGAAGCCUGGAGGAGGACUCGAAGCCCAUCAUUGGCUAAAGCACAAAGAUGAAUACGGACCGAUCAGCUCUGUCACUGUCCUAGGCCAGACAAUUGUCAUUAUCAACGAUGCGCAGAUUGCACUUGAGCUUCUCAGAGACCGAGCUCAACACUCUGCUCGGCCUCAUAUGGUCUUUGCUAGUGAUAUGAUCGGAUGGAAGAACACACUGGCCUUCAGCGGCUACACAGACAACUUUAAAAUCCACCGAAAGAACAUCGCUAGUGUUGCUGGCAGCAACACGUCCCUCAAGCUCUUCGAUCGCGCGCAAGAAGAGGAAUCUGUUCACUUUCUACUAAACCUUCUCGAUUCACCAGAGAAUCUGUUCGAUCACAUCAAGAAAGAAGCUGGUGCGGUCAUUCUCAAGAUCACCUAUGGAUAUACCGCGGAACCAAAGGGCAAAGACCAUCUCGUGGACAUGGCUGGCAAAGCAAUGCACGAGUUCUCCGACGCGACGAUAGCUGGGAAAUGGCCUGUGGAUAUCAUGCCAUUCCUGCAAUAUCUUCCCGACUGGUUUCCUGGCGCUGGCUUCAAGCAGACUGCCCGCGACAUGGCUCGCCAGUUGCAACAGACCACUGAACAGCCCUACGAGUUUGUCAAGCAGCAGAUGCGCGAAAAGAAACACAAAGUCUCCUUUCUCUCACAGGCUCUCGAGAACAUUGGCUCAGACGCUGGGAUGGAGCGUAUCCACAAGUGGUCUGCAUCCUCCAUGUAUCUUGGUGGCGCCGAUACUACGGUUUCUUCGCUGAUGACAUUCUUCCUGGCCAUGACUGUGUUCCCAGAAGUUCAAAAGAAGGCUCAGGAGGAACUUGACCGUGUCAUUGGUGGCAGUCGUCUGCCUAACAGUACUGACAAGGGCAAACUGCCGUACAUUGAGGCUGUGGUCAAGGAGACACAUCGUUGGCACCCUGUUGCACCUCUGGCGUUGCCGCAUGCAGCUACACAAGAGGACGUCAUUCACGGAUACCGGAUUCCCAAAGGCGCUCUUAUACUGCCGAACAACUGGUGGUUUACCCACGACCCCGCUGUCUACGCCUCGCCCAUGGAGUUCCGCCCCGAACGCUUCCUAGGCCCGACCCCUGAGCCUGAUCCUCGCACCUGGACAUUCGGCUACGGACGUCGUGUAUGCCCUGGUCGUUACGUCGCCGACAACGCGCUCUUCAUCACCAUUGCACAGGCGCUAUCGGUCUUCAGGAUCGAGAAGCUGGUCGAAGACGGCAAGGUGGUGGAGCCGGAACUCAAGUUCGAGCCUGGUGUCGUCAGCCACCCAAUUCCUUACCGGACAAGCAUCACGCCGAGGAGCGAGAAGUGCGCGCAGCUGGUCAGGGAUGCGGAAGCGGAGUACCCGUGGGAAGAGAGCGAUGCUCAGAAAUUGAAGAACAUCGCAGUGUAG